UUCUCACUGUAAUGCCAAAAUCAAAUCCUAGGCACUGUAUUCCCAUCGUCUGAUAGGAAGAUUCUUGCAAGGCUGGUUGAAUUCUUAUUGGGAAUUGAUUGCUCUGCAGCGACAUCAAUAGCUGUGAACGAAAGAGGAAAGCACCUGACAGCUGUUUCAGUGGGCAAUUGCGUCAGAAACAGAGUGUUCGAGAUACGGAAAAUUCCACCAAAAAUAAGCAUUUUUAUCUCAAAUUCUCAACUCUUCAGCUUCCUAUUUGUUGCCCAAAUCUCUGUGGACGUAUUUAAGUUGUGAAAUUGGGGAAACUCGCACCAAUUUUGUGUGUUUAGUGAGACAAGUUGGAAUUUUUCCAAAACCACCGGCAACUUUUCCGAAGAGUGACUUUUCUUGUAUUGUAAAAAGAAAAUAUCCAGAUAUUUGCAUUGUCCGUGAUAAUUUGAAGUGCCAGGAAGCAUUGAGAAGUCACCUGAGGAGACUUUGUGAAGAAAAAAAGGAAGAUUUUGUGUGGUAAUUUCGGUCAGUACUUUUCCUCUGUGUGUGUGGCUUCUAAUCAGCCGCUGGCCGAGGCUGAGCGACGGCAGUUCGUGCAUCUCACUCUCUUUCUCUCCUCUUUUGACACUUUCCGGACGGGUGAAUUGCGUAGUUGAAAAAUUCACAUCACCGGUGAGAUCGGGCCACAAAUCUGCGUGCUAAAGAUGAACAGGGAGAAAUGGGAAGAUCUGGAUCUCACCACGGAUGAGAUUAAGUCGCUCACGGAUGCGCUGCAGCAAGAGGAAUUCCGGAAGUUGCUUGUGGAGUACUGCGAAGAGUUGAAUGACCCAGAAAACAAGAGGAAGUUUGAGGAGGAAUUGACCCAAUUGGAAGCUGAGCGAGGCAUCGAGAUCACCUUCAUCAAUCCUGAGCCUGGGUAUGUGGUGAAGACGACUGUGGAUGGGCAGAUGAAGGGCUUCAUCAAUGUGUGUCAGAGUGGAAAAGUACAGCGUCCGGUGAGCGAGUAUAGGGCUUCAGCUGGGGAGAGAGGUCUCCAUUGGACGCUGCCGCACACCCAGGCGCCCCCGCGGCGGGACGUGGACAACAAGGGCGCGGCCUGCAUGGUGUACGACGUGGUGUUCCAUCCGGACGCCCUCCAUUUGGCCGGAAAGAACAACCGCUUCCGCGAUGUCCUCACGGAGACCGCGUGUGACGCUGUGGAGAGUGCUUUUUCAGUGAAACUCGAUCGGACUAAUGUGAAAUACCCCAAAGUGGCGUUCAAAGGGACACCUAAGCCCACAGUGAUUAGGCGUAAGAGUGAAAAUGCUCCCUCGUGUGAGCCGAGCCCUAUUGAUGCGAUUUACCCACCCCUGAAAACCCUUAACGGAGAGCCUAAAGUGCGUGUUGUACCUCAGACUCCCAAGCCUGGUGCUUACGCAACGCCCAAGUACACCAUCACGCAUCGUCGCGACGUGAACUACCAGGAAUUCACCCAUGAAUUGGAUGCCAAGAUCAACGUCACGGUGCCCAAGGAGUUGGUCAUCGCUGUGGAGUUGCCACUGCUCAAGUCCACUGAGACUGUGACUCUUGACGUGACGAGGAAGCGCGUGGUGCUGGUCUGCGAGCGUCCGGCAAAGUACAAACUCGAUAUUGCGCUGCCCUACGACGUGGAAGAGCGCCAGGGCGGGGCGAAAUUCGAUGCCACAACAAGGCGACUAUCGAUUACCCUGCCCGUUGUCAAGGAGCAUCACUUGCAGCUGAUUGACGUCACGCGGCAGGACAGCGGAGUGGAUUCGAUGCCGCAGAGCCCAGCUGUGUCGCCCUCGGUCUCUGAGGGCAGCGAAUUUGACGAGGUCUUUGAGCAGAAGUUCCUUGACAACACCAUCGGCUAUACGCUUCCCAGCUUCACCUGCAACAUCCUGGAUGGUGUGGUGGCCUUCACUUUGAACGUGAAGAAUGUAGAACCGGCUUCUGUGCAGGUGAAGCAGGACGAGGCGCUGGUGCAAGUGAAGUUCACAUCCAUAGGGAGUGGAUUCUAUCCUUCUCACCAUGCUUUUGCGGCAAAAUUCCCCUCUGGGCGGAUUUUGGAAGCGUCCGCUGAGGCCUGGGAUAACAACGUGGUCCUCCAAUGCGAGAUGGAGGACCUUCAGACCUGUGACCACUACGCUGUGGGGCUGUCAGUUGAUGCACUGAAGCCCUAUCCACUGAAAUUCACCACUUCAGCGCUAUCGCCGAAGCCCUCAAUUGAGGAUGAUAGUCUUCGGAUAGAGGCCAAAUCUGUGGACAACGAGGAAGUGGAGAUAGUUAUCGAUCCACCAGAAAAGAUACCUGAGGAACCUCCGGCAGAAGAGCCACAGGAGAGUAAAAAGCCGAACGCGAAGAAGAAGAAUCGCAAGCCUCGUUCAAUGUCUGAGUCUUUCUGCGUCCCUGAGGUGUCUCUUGAGGAUGAAGUGGAGAGAUCUGUGCGGAAAUCGAGAAGCUUGUCCGAAUCGAGUGGCGAUGACCAGGGAAGUCCGCGCUUCCGCUUCAAGGGCAUCCUGAAGAGGAGUUGCAGCUACAAUCCGAGCACCUCGAGUUCUGUUGACGAUCAGAUGCUGUCCGUGUCCGUGGACUUGGGCGUGGGGUCUUUUGAUGGCAUCCCAGAGGAGCAGGGAAUGUCUGAGAGCUGCAAGAAGACCGUGCGAUUCAGCGACGUCAUUCGAAAGCAAUUGUUUAGGUCAAACUCAAGUAUUCUUGGCAGGCGGUUGAAAAACAUGAAGAAGAGAGCUAAGAAACGUGCCCAAGAGAGUCGACGGAUGAGCGAGAGUGAAAAUUCAGAGUGCGAAGAGAAGGAAAAGCCGCAAAGUGCUUCCGUGCGUCGCGACAGCGGAGUAGAUCUCGACACCGGGGCGAAGAUGAAGGCACAGGGAAAGAAAGGCGGCCAAGCGAAAAAGAAAAUCGAUAACACUGCCGAUUUGGAGUUCAAGAGUGGCAUGAUUUUCAAUCUGGAAAUGUGAAACUUCACGUUGUGAUAAGAUUCAUUGAUCAAAUCAAUAUUUUACUCUAUCUCGAUUUACACGGGAAUCGUCGCAACACAAAAUUUCAAACACAAUUCUUAUGGAUAGUUUACUUUGAUGCAAAAUGUAGUUUGCUAUGGUAGGAAUAUGAUGGAAAGAUAACUAUUUGCACUAUUCACUUUUGUAGUCGUUUGAAGAAUGAGUGAGAAACGAAAAGAAAAUCUGGCAAAAAAUGUCGUCUGAGAAUAAGUUGAGUUCUUAUACCAGAGACUCUUCUUCAAUUUUUUUGCCUCUAAUUGUAGUGCUAAUCGCGAAAAAAAUGUAUCUUCAACUAUUUCUAUUAUAACCUGUUUGUCUAACGAAGAAAUUGUAGAGACUCGCAAAAUUGCCGAGUCAGGAAACAGUAGAAUUUGUAGUCUUAAGGUAGCAACACGUCAAGUGUAUCUCAAUAAAAGAGUUUUCAAUUG